GAGGCGAGCAGGAGCAGCAGGAAGCCGGCGUUGAGUGCAGUGUGUGCUGAGAGCUGUGCGGACAUUGUUCUCGCUCUCUGGAUCGGGGCCCGGAAGUGUUGAGUUUGUGAGGUGCUGGUCAGCGGAGACAAUCGAAUUAUCAUCAGGAGGAAAUUAUUGAUUGAAGACGUGAUUCUCCCUUGUUGGGUACACGGGAGCCACGCCCCCUUCGGCCAUUCCGCGUGAGUUCCGUGCGUGCGUGCGUGUUUACCGUGUUCAGUAUCGCUCGGCAUUUCGUACGGACACGACGUCGAUUUCCACCCGCGUGAAAAACACUCAAUCAUGCGUUCACUAACCUAACUUAACAGAUAACAACCACACUUGUGUAUUAAUUAAAUUAAUCAAUUAAAUAAUUAAAACAUUAAGUGAUAAAACAGAAAUCUGUAAUUUGAGGAUAUACACACAAUACAAAAACAGCAUAAAAUUGAGGUUAAGUCGGUAAAUGGAUUCGAAUUCAGUGUCACCCAUGCCGGAAACAAUGGCGCCCAUGGCGGAGUUUGACAAGACACCACCAACACCACCGGAGGAUACUGUCCCAAUGGAUGAUUUACCACCGCCACCCACUGCGGUGAGCAUUGCUGAAGAAAAGGCUGCUGAAGCUGCUCACAGAGAGUACGAAGAGGAGAAUGAAUGGGGAUGCGGCAGCUGGUUGGAGUACACCUUUGUUGUGAUCAUCGCCAGCGUGCUGCUGUUGGGCUCCCUGGCGCUGACGCUCUUCUGGGUCAUCUACUACCAAGAUGGCUUCGCGUGGCGUGACGACAUCAAGAAGCAGUUCAACCUGCAUCCGGUGCUCAUGGUGGCCGGCUUCAUCACUUUCAGCGGUUUCUCAAUUCUCUUGUAUCGCAUCUGUCGCUGCGGUCGCCGGAUCUACGUGAAACUACUGCACACUGUGUUCCACGCCCUAGCCAUACCAUGCGUCGCAAUUGGCUUCCUGGCCGUGCUGGAUACGCAUAACCUCAAACGACCGGAACCCAUUCCGAACUUUUACUCGCUGCACAGCUGGAUCGGCCUGGUCACCAUGGGACUAUUGCCAUUUCAGCAAUUCGUACAACCGCCACCGGACGAAGCAAUCGUCAUCAAUGCGAUCAAGCAUGAGCCUCUAUCCGGGCUGGGCAUCAUCGUGAUAUACAUCCUCCUGCAGGACAGCUUCCGGUAUCGGACACAGAUGACCAUUCGCGACUCUAAGCCCACGCCCCCGCCGUCAUUUGACGAUCACAUCACACACCACAAACACACAUCAGAAAUCAGCGAUAUCAUCAAAACGCAGAAGAAUUUUUUUAAUGGCAAAUAA